GAACCGAGCGUCGCCUUUCCCUUCGCUUCGUGUACCUUCCGCAUUGGAGGCGCAAGGGCCGGCGAUUUCCUCAUCUCCGCCACCACCUGCCCUGAAUCCCUUCCCGGCGUUUGAGGAAUUUUGCUUCCACCGCCUCCUGCAUGGACGAUCCGGCAGCACCCUGCCCCCACCUCCCCCUUUAUUGGCCCCCGGAUGGCUCCCUGUCGAUGGACUGGAUGGGGCUCUUGACGGGCAUCCUCGAUUGGUCCUCGCGCAACCUCCCGCCUUCCGAUCUCCCCACCCUCCUCCCUUUUCCCGUCCUCGCUCGCCUCCUCCUCGCCGCCUCCGAUGUCCUUCACAAGGAGCCUAAUUGCGUGAGAAUUCACGCCGACAAAGAGGAGCUGAGCAGAGUCGUCGUUGUCGGGGAUGUUCACGGUCAGCUACACGAUGUCUUGUUCUUGUUGGAGGACGCUGGGUUCCCGGCAGAGGAUCGGCUGUUCGUCUUCAACGGUGAUUAUGUGGAUCGGGGCGCGUGGGGGCUGGAAACCUUUGUUCUUCUGCUGGCUUGGAAGGUUUUUCUACCACAUCGAGUGUUUCUUCUCCGUGGCAAUCAUGAAUCAAAAUAUUGCACCUCAGUGUAUGGUUUUGAGAAUGAAGUUUUGUCUAAAUAUGGAGACCAAGGCAAACAAGUUUAUAGGAAAUGCUUAAGAUGUUUUGAAGAUCUUCCCUUAGCCUCUGUUAUAGCAGAUUCUGUAUAUACAGCUCAUGGAGGACUUUUUCGCAGCAUAAAUGUUACUCCAUCAAAGAGAUCAAAAGGUAAAAAAGGUCGUAGGAUAGUUACUAAUGUUGAAACCUCUUUAAAGUUGGGUUCCAUGGAAGAACUAUCAAAAGCAAGACGAACUGUGCUUGAUCCUCCAUGGGAAGGAUUGAAUCUGAUUCCUGGUGAUGUACUGUGGUCUGAUCCGUCAUUAGCCUUGGGUCUCUCUCCGAACAAGGAAAGGGGCAUUGGUUUGAUGUGGGGCCCUGAUUGCACUGAAGAGUUCCUUAAGAAAAAUCAGUUCAAGUUGAUUAUCAGGUCACACGAAGGCCCUGAUGCCAGGGUUAAACGGGAUGAUCUUUCUGGGAUGGAUGCAGGCUAUACAAUAGAUCAUCAAGUAGAAUCUGGGCAGCUGAUUACUCUCUUUAGUGCUCCGGACUAUCCCCAAUUUCAGGCCACUGAUAAGCGAUUCAACAAUCGGGGGGCAUAUAUUGUGUUGCAGCCACCUCAUUUUGCUUCACCUGUUUUUCAUACCUUUGAAGCUGUAAAACCAAGGCCUCAGGUAAAACCGUAUUACGACUAUGAAGAAGUAAUUGACUCGGAUGAGGAAUUGGAUUUGAGAUCAAUGGACAAUGGCUCUUCUAUCGGAAGUGGUUGAAUGGACAUUCGUCGGAAACAUAUUGACCUGUGUUUCCUUGUUUUGUGCUUGGGGUAAUAUUUAUAUAGAUGUAAAAUUUCUGUCAUUGUUGUAGGAGAAAAAGAAAACAAGAGGUAGAUUGUUAGUUGCCAUGGUAAAUUCGAUCAAUGGUGGCUUGUAGGCAGAUGAAUGAAUGCCUUUGAUGAGUGGCACAUUCUCAUGAAAAGCAGAUAUGCAACUUUCUUUUCUUUUUUUUUUUCCUUUUCAAAUUGACUUUCACUUGUUAAAAAAAACAGCUUUUCCCCAUGAAACCUUCUCUCGAAGAUGGUAACCUUGUACAA